GGAAGAAAGAGAUUCAACUGGAAAGAUUAAGUCAUGCAAAAUGCAUGAUUUAAUUCAUGAUCUUGCCACUUACAAUUCAAAAUCUGAAACACUUAUUUUGAAAGCUGGUUCAGAGAGCAACAUUGCACAUGUUCGGCAUUUGAAUCUCGUUGAUGCUGAGGAGAUGGUGCCAGCAAAUUUUGUGGAGGUCGCUGGGAAACUACAUUCCUUAUUUCUUAAAGGUGAUAUUUUGGGCAAGAUGCCAGAUAGCUUCAAAAGGUUACGCAUUCUUAGCUUUGAAACAGGUAGCCUUUGGAGAAUUGAUAUUGGGCAGUUGCCAACUUGGAUCGGCAAGAUGAAGCAUUUGAGGUAUCUAGACAUUUCAUUCUCUAAAAUUAAAGAACUACCCCAGUUUAUCAUGGAGUUGUAUAGUUUGCAGACACUGAGGUUCAUGUAUUGUUCUCGGAUUGUAAAACAGCCAGAAGGGGUGGAAAACUUAGUCAGCUUGAGACACAUUUAUUUCAAUAUAGACAGCUGUAUGCCACUCAGAAUUGGUAGGCUAAAGGAUCUUCAAACAUUGCAGUUAUUUGUUGUCGGUCUACAAGAGGGAAGUCGAAUUGAGGAAUUGGGAUGCUUGAGCCAACUUGGAGGUGAAUUAAGGAUACGUCAUCUAGAGAAUGUUGAAAACUACUCAGAAGCCGAGAAAGCAAAACUUUCGGAAAAGAUUGGACUUCAUGAGUUGAGAUUGGAGUGGACAGAUAGAAAUACAGAAGAAUGUAAUCAUGAUGAAGAUGUGUUAGCAGGCCUCAAACCUUCCCCAAAUUUGAGAAACUUAACUAUAGAAUGUUAUGGAGGUAAAAAAUGUCCAUCAUGGAUGGAGCCUAGUUUGAGUGAAUCAUUUUCGCUCACCAAUUUGGUGGACUUGAAAAUCUUAAAAUGUAAAAAGUUGAAAAGCAUGCCAAUAAUGAGCGGGUUAUCAUCUCUUCAACAACUUCGAAUUCAAAAUUGCCUUGAAUUAACCAGAAUCGGAGAUGGAGCAUUUGCCUUUCCAGCGUCCCUCAAACAACUGUGCAUUCGGUCAUGUCCAAGAUUGGAAACAAUUGGGGAUGGUAUUUCGACCCUCACAUGCCUAGAUGAGUUAGAUCUAUCUGGAUGUGAAGAUCUGAGGCUCAUUCCAAUCAUGAGUGGGUUAUCAUCUCUUCAACAGCUUCGAAUUCAAGAUUGCCUUGAAUUAACCAGAAUCGGAGAUGGAGCAUUUGCCUUUCCGGCGUCUCUCAGACAACUACGCAUUGGGUCAUGUCCAAGAUUGGAAACAAUUGGGGAAAGUAUUUCGACCCUCACAUGCCUAGAACAGUUAUAUCUAUCUAAAUGUGAAGAUCUGAGGCCCAUUCCAAGUGUAAAUGGGCUUUCCUCUCUAAGAAAGUUACAGAUUGACAAUUGCAGUUCAGUGGUGAGUCUACCAAAUGGACUGUCCUCCUGCACUGCUCUUAAACAAUUGAUCAUAAGUGACUGCCAUAAUCUGAUCUCCAUCUCAGAAGACUUGAAGGAUUUGCAUUCUCUGGUUGAUUUAUGUAUUUUGAAAUGUGAAAAUUUGAGUAGUAUUCCGGAGGAGAGCUUCAGCUGUCUUGUCUGCUUGGAGUGUUUGGUAAUUGGUGGUUUCUCAAAAGAGUUGGAGGAAUUCCCAUAUCUUAAUUCCAUCCACCACCUCCACGCCUCCCUUCAAAAAUUAUGCUUGUUUGGGUGGGAAAAACUAACAUAUCUACCACCUCAAAUUCAACACCUCACUUUUCUAAGGAUAUUGAGUAUAUAUUAUUUCAAUCAAGUGGAAGCUUUGCCGGAGUGGUUGGGAAGCUUGUCAUCUCUUCAAGCUCUCUGGAUUUACGGCUGCACAAAUUUGAAAUAUCUGCCUUCUGCACAAGCCAUGCAACGCCUCUCCAUGUUGCAGUGUCUUCGAAUUUUUGAAUGUCCAGAGCUAAAAGAAAGAUGCGCAAAGGAAACCGGCCCUGAAUGGUUCAAAAUUUCUCACAUUCCAAACAUCCAAAGAGGAAUGGUUCAAAAUUUCUCACAUUCCAAACAUCCAAAUAGAUUAUGAGCGCAUCCAAGGACAUUGAGCCCUUUUUCUGAGCAGCAUCUUGAAUGUUAAGGAUUUUGAUUAUAAGAGAGUUCUACGAAGGGGAAGCUUUGACACAAUUGUUGGAGAACUUGUUCAUUAUUGGAAGACCACAUUUCUAGUCAAAAUCUGAAAUAAUUGCCUUCUACUGGA